AUGGUGGGGCAAAGUGGAAUGUUCAUUCCACUUUGCCCCACAGGGAGACCUAUAACCAUAAGACAAGUCGGUCAGUUGUUCGGAAACGCAUACCUGAGGGCGUCCACUGCUAAGAAUGCCAUGAGCGGAUUCGAAAAAACAGGAAUUUGGCCACUUAAUCCUCAUAUUUUUCCAGAAGAAGCGUAUGCAGCAAGUGAAACAACCAAUAGACAUGCUUCCACAAACAACGAACCGACAACUGACGAUGAUGACAUCCCCCUAGUAUUGUUGAAAAGAGCUGCUGAACAUGAAAAUAAAGGAGGAGCUACUCCUUCCUGCAGCAAAGGCGUUGAACAAUCAAAUAAAGAAGCCCCUUCCUGCUUCUACACCAAAGAUGUCGUCUUACAUGCAGUUCCAUCAUGUUCUUCGGAAGUGGUGGUGGAAGCAAUUCCUGGUUGCUUUUCGGAAUUACUUCCAGCUAUCGUUGAGGAAAUACCAUCAACUAGCAACAGAAUGUGCACUCCUAGUGACAUUAUACCUGUGCCUCAGAUAAAGACGAAUCAGGAACGCAAAAUAUCUAGGAACAGAGGCAAAACUGCAGUGCUUACCUCGAGCCCAUAUCUUAAGGAACUGAAAGAAAAAAAUGAUGUGACUCCCAAAAAGUCGAUUAAAACUAUUAAAAGGAACGUUUUCACACGCAAAAAUAAGGAUACACCAGAAAUUGAACAAAAUCAACGCAAAAAGUUGAAACAUGAUAUGACAAGUAAAGAAAAUAUAACUAAUGAUGAUGAUGAUGAUGAUGAUACGGAAUGUAUUUUGUGUGGAGGAAAAUACCUAAGAUCUUCUUCAGGUGAACCCUGGAUAUCCUGCAGCCGCUGCAAAGGAUGGGCUCAUGAAAAAUGCACCGCACAUGAUCGCUCCUCUGAUAAACUUUAUAUAUGCGACCUUUGCGAAUAA